AUGGGAAUUUCAGGAGAAGCUGAACAUCCUUAUGUUCCGAGAGAUCUGAAAUUGCCUGGAUUUGUGCCUGGAUUUCUCUCUCAAUCAACUAUUCUUGCCGUUUAUGGCAUCUCUUCUUUGCUUGUUGUCUCCUUCAUGUGGAUUUUAUCUGGACGUUUUCGUAAGAUAUCAAAGGUUGAUAGACUAGUUAUGUGCUGGUGGAUAUUCACGGGCCUAACUCACAUUAUCCUUGAGGGGUACUUUGCUUUCUCUCCCGAAUUCUACAAAGUGAAGACCUCACAUUACUUAGCUGAAGUUUGGAAAGAAUAUAGCAAGGGUGACUCACGGUAUGCUGGACGGGAUUCUGGUGUGGUUGCCGUUGAAGGAUUAACCGCUGUUGUAGAGGGCCCCGCUUGUCUCCUAGCAGUGUAUGCAAUAGCAACAAGAAAGUCGUACAGACACAUUCUUCAAAUAGCAAUCUCUCUAGGCCAGCUUUAUGGUACGGCCGUGUACUUUAUUACGGCUUUACUUGAAGGUGACAAUUUUGCCACAACUGCAUUCUAUUAUUACGCUUAUUACAUCAUGGCCAAUAUAUGGUGGGUUAUAAUUCCCACCACCAUUGUCGUACGAAGCUGGAAGAAGAUAUGUGACGCAUUCCGGGCCCAAGAACAGAAAAAGACCAAAACCCGUUAA